CUCCUCCUCAUACGUACAAUAUCAUAGCUACCAAAGUUGUUAAUUGAAAUGGCAAAGUUUGCUUUGCAGAUUUUGAUAUGCUGUUUAUCAGCAGCAAUUGUUAUGCUAUCAUGCCCAGCAAUGUCUCAAGAAGUUGAGGAUGAGAGCGAGUUUAGUUAUGAUGUGGAGAGCGAGACAGGACCAUUACAUUGGGGAGACAUUAAACCCGAAUGGCAUUCGUGCAAAAAUGGAUCAAUGCAAUCACCAAUUGAUUUGUUGAAUGAGAGGGUUCAAAUAGUAUCACAUUUAGGAGCGCUUCAGAUGAACUACAAGCCCUCCAAUGCAACUCUUAAGAACAGGGGUCAUGAUAUCAUGCUGGAAUUGCAUGAUAACUCAAGCUAUCUACAAAUUAAUGGAACUAAGUAUGUCCUUAAACAGUUCCAUUGGCAUUCUCCAUCUGAACACACCAUAGAAGGCAGAAGAUUGGAUCUAGAGUUACACAUGGUGCAUGAAACUCCAUCAGGAUCACAAGCUGCAGUGAUUGGGAUGUUGUUCAAGACUGGAAGACCAGACCCUUUAUUGUCAUCGUUAACAAAUCACUUGGAGGCUAUUUCUAAUAGUACGGAAGCAGAAAUAGCGGUGGGUGUAAUUGAUCCAGGGCUAAUCAGAAUAGGGAGAACGCAAUAUUACAGAUACAAUGGCUCACUGACUACUCCACCAUGCACUGAGAAUGUUCCUUGGACAAUAGUUAGAGAGGUGAGAUCAGUUUCAAAGGAGCAAAUUGAAUUGCUUCGAGGUUCUGUUCAUGAUGACUCGGAUACAAAUGCAAGACCAUUGCAGCCAAUAAACAACCGCAUAGUGAAGUUCAAUAAACCGCAAGAAUAUCAACAUUGAAAUUUCAGGCCAGAAGAUUAUUUGUAAUUUUAGUCAGAUGAUGAAUAAUGCAUGUUCACAUGCACUAGGUUAGGUGAUUGUUAUUGAUCAUUAUUCAUUGCUACAUCACAUCUAUUCUUCUAUUAUACAUGGUUUUAAGGAUUUUAUAAUUUA